AUGGCAGAGAUCAACGAACGUGCCUCUGUGAGUAUCGACUGCCCCUUAUCACCUGGCUUCGAGACAGGCGAUGAAAUCAGACACACGGCUACAGAAUCCUUCACCAAGAUGAGAGAAUACGUUAAUGGACAAGUUCAAGCUACAGUAGCCGACUACAAACUUCUGGAAGAGCUGAACAAGACCACGGAGCAGAGAUACCUCGACAUGCAUCAGGUGGCGAAGAAUAUUACCGGUCGAUUGGGAGAUCUGACUCAGAAAUGUGGGUAUUAAUGAAAACUUGCAUUUUAUUGACAAAAGUGACGCAAAAUAUCUCAUAGUACAUAUUAAUUCUAUAACUAAUGAUAUAGUUUUGUCAUCCUUAUGAUGGCUAACGUAUAUUGUUGUAGACGAUUCAUUGCGGCCGUACCUGAGGCAAGUUGACGAAGUUGAAGCGAUAAGUAAAGAGUUGGAAACUACAGUAGGCGUGCUAGAAAAGUACCUAAAUGCCCUCGAGACCAAGUUCAAGAUGCUCCAGCUAUCAUCGCCAGUAUAA